AUGUCUGAUCAGGAGGCAAAACCUUCAACUGAGGAUUUGGGAGAUAAGAAAGAAGGAGAAUGCAUUAAAUACAAAGUAAUUGGACAGGAUAGCAGUGAGAUUCACUUCAAAGUGAAAAUGACAACACAUCUCAAGAAACUCAAAGAAUCACACUGUCAAAGACAGGGAGUUCCAAUGAAUUCACUCGGGUUUCUAUUUGAAGGUCAGAGAAUUGCUGAUAAUCAUACUCCAAAAGAACUGGAAAUGGAGGAAGAAGAUGUGAUUGAAGUUUAUCAGGAACAAACCAUUCAACGGGCCAAGGACCAAACUUAG